AUGCUCUUCACGCCCCUCGUCGCCGCCGUCGUCGGCCUCGCCGCCAUCGGCCAGCAGAUCGAGCUGGGCCCGCGGCCGUACUACCUGGUGGACAACAUGAGCGAGGGCCCGCUCAAGGCGAAGCUGGAGUCGUGCAAGGAGCUCAAGAUGCGGCCGUCGAGCUUCUCCAUCGCGCACCGCGGCGGCGCGCCGCUGCAGUUCCCCGAGCACUCGCGCGAGUCCAACCUGGCGGGCGCGCGCAUGGGCGCCGGCAUCCUCGAGUGCGACGUCGCCUUCACUGCGGACCUGGAGCUGGUGUGCCGCCACAGCCAGUGCGACCUGCACACGACGACCAACGUCGUCGACGUCCCCGAGCUCAACGCCAAGUGCACGCAGCCUUUCACGCCGGCGAACGGCAGCCAGCCCGCGGCCGCAAAGUGCUGCACCAGCGACCUGACGCUCGCCGAGUUCAAGUCGCUGUGCAGCAAGAUGGACGCCUUCAACGCCAGCGCCACCACGCCGGCCGACUACCUGGGCGGCAUCCUCCCCUGGCGGACGGACCUGUACAACACGUGCGGCACGCUCAUGUCGCUCAAGGAGCACAUCGCCAUGACGCGGGCCCUGGGCCUGCAGUUCACGCCCGAGCUCAAGACGCCCGAGGUGCCCAUGCCGUUCCGCGGCGGCAACUACACCCAGCAGCGCUACGCGCAGCAGUUCAUCGACACCUUCAAGGAGGCCGGCAUCCCGCCGUCGCGCGUCUACGUCCAGAGCUUCCUCUACGACGACAUCCUCUACUGGCUGCGCCACGAGCCGGCCUUUGCCCGGCAGGCCAUGUUCCUCGACUCCGCCGCCGACCUCUUCGGCAUGGACGCCGCCGUGGCCAACCUGACGCGGUACAAGAGGGACGGCGUCGUCUACGUCGCCCCGCCGCUGCCGUACCUCGUCACGGCCCGGGACGGCAAGAUUGUGCCCAGCGAGUACGCCAACAAGGCCAAGGCGCUGGGGCUCAAGAUCUUGACGUGGAGUCUGGAGCGGUCGGGGCCGAUUGCCGAGGUUCAUGCCCUCGGGGACUAUUUCUACGGGUCGAUUCAGGAUGUGGUGAAGAGGGAUGGGGAUAUCUACACGCUGGUGGAUGUGCUGGCGAGACAGGUUGGUGUUGCGGGCAUGUUUUCGGAUUGGACUGCCACGGUGACUUACUAUGCCAAUUGCUUUGGUCUUGGACUGUAA